GAAGAUAAAUGCCGAAUACUUGAAAUCAACUUCCGUGUUUUACGGAUUUGAUGUAUGCAAAGUUCAUAAUCACUUCCUGUUUAUGAAAGCUUUCAGUUUCAUUGUAAAUUUUACACAAUCGAAUGUACUUGUGUUAAUUGUGUGAAUUUUCAACGAUGUCUGGUGACUGGGCCCAUGGCUUGUUCAACUGCUUCGAUGACCUCGGGAUCUGUAUCAUUGCCUACCUGGCCCCCUGCGUCAUCUUUGGGCAAAAUGCGGAGAAAAUUGGAGAAGGAAGCUGCGUGCUUUGUGGUCUUGUCUACUUUAUUCCCAUCCUUAACCUGAUUGAGGCUGUUAGUGUGAGAGGGAAGAUCAGAGAACAGAACAGCAUAGAGGGAACACCGUGCAACGACUGCCUUACCAUUGCAUUCUGUCCACUUUGUGCUCUCGUACAGGAGGCUUUGGAAAUCCAGAACAUUCCGGGACUUAUGUCAAUGGCCAGGGAAUAGACUAAGGAACCCGAUGUACAGUGUUGUUAAUAUUGGACGCCUGGUGAUCCCAUACUAUUUUUGUUUCAGUUAAAUGGAUGUUAUGAGUAGAAAAUGAAUGCAUAAAAAGUAGACCGACUUUAAUGUUGCAAACGGUCUUUUUCAGUGUUGGAAGAUUGCAAAAUUAGCAAGCUCACAUUUGAUUUCAAUUGAAAUAAAGAACAAACCUACAGACUGCUAUUAAUCUAUCAGAUAUAUUUUUGCAGUCAUAUGUUUCACAUAUUAGGAUAACAAUCAACCUUUUGAAAUGAUAUUAAUGUUGUUUGGGGUAACAGGGCAUCGAAUUUGAACAUUAUUUGAUUUACCAAUGGUUCUAUGAAAGUAAAGAUUAUGUGUACAUCGGAUACUUAAAGAAGGGUGAUGAUUUCAGAUAACUGUGUUUCACAAGUGUUGCCUUAUAGUGUUUAACAAGUCAAAAUAUAUUGACACUUUACUCAUUGAAUAACAGUUAGAGAAGAAAAGACAUCUCAAGAGUAAUGAAAACUAUAAUACGAUCAUUAUCUACUAAAUACAUAUUAUAACAAAUUGUUUUUGUAGUCAACUUCAAUUAUUGUUUAAUUAGUCAAACCAUAUUGACACUUAUUAUAUUAUAGUUAGUAUAGAUCAGAGACCUUGAGAGAAAUGGCAUCUAUAAUACGAUAAUUAUCUACUAUAUCUUAUAUUGAUUGUUAUUGGAUUUUAAUAUAAAUUGAGUAUGAUAUAUUG